AUGUUGGUUAAGGUAGUAAAAUUUUCCUACAUGUGGACAAUUAACAACUUCAGCUUUUGCCGAGAAGAAAUGGGUGAAGUUUUGAAAAGCUCAGCAUUUUCUUCUGGACCAAAUGAUAAAAUGAAAUGGUGUCUGAGAGUAAAUCCCAAAGGAUUAGAUGAUGAAAGUAAGGAUUAUCUUUCAUUGUAUUUGCUGCUGGUCAGCUGCCCCAAAAAUGAAGUUAGGGCAAAAUUCAAAUUUUCCUUAUUGAAUGCUAAAAGAGAAGAAACAAAAGCUAUGGAAAGCCAAAGAGCAUAUCGAUUUGUACAGGGUAAGGACUGGGGUUUUAAAAAAUUUAUACGGAGAGACUUUUUGCUUGAUGAAGCCAAUGGUCUUUUACCGGAUGACAAACUUACAUUGUUUUGUGAGGUUAGUGUUGUUCAGGACUCUGUAAAUAUUUCAGGACAGUCAAAUGUGAAUGCAUUACGGGUACCAGAGUGUCAGCUGGCAGAUGAUUUAGGAAAUCUCUGGGAGAGUGCUAAAUUUGCGGACUGUAGUCUUUUUGUAGGAGGUCAAGAAUUCAGAGCCCACAAAUCAGUUUUAGCAGCUCGUUCUCCAGUUUUUAAUGCAAUGUUUGAGCAUGAAAUGGAAGAGAGUAGAAAAAACAGAGUCGAAAUAAGCGAUGUUGAUCCAGAAGUAUUUAAGGAAAUGAUGAGAUUUAUUUAUACAGGAAAAGCUUCAAACCUUGAUAAAAUGGCCGAUAAGUUACUUGCAGCUGCAGAUAAAUAUUCUCUAGAGCGACUCAAGGUCCUUUGUGAAGAAGCAUUAUGUAACAACCUUUCUGUAGAAAAUGUUUCAGAUGUAUUGAUUCUCGCAGAUUUACACAGUGCGGAGCAGCUAAAGAUGCAAGCUAUAGACUUCAUAAACAGGUGCAGUGUCCUCAGACAACUUGGUUGUAAAGAUGGUCGAAACUGGAACAGCAACCAAGCAGCUGACAUAAUGGAAACAGCCGGGUGGAAGUCCAUGAUUCAGUCUCAUCCGCAUUUAGUGGCUGAAGCUUUCCGAGCACUAGCAUCUGCGCAGUGUCUUCCGUUUGGAGUUCCUCGCAAAAGGCUAAAACAGUCCUAACCUGCAACAAAAACUCAGAAAAUCAAUUGAAGUUGACUGCUUGUCUUUCACCUGAAAUGUUCUUGCCAUACAAAAACUGAAAAAGGAUUAACAUUUCAUAUUGGUGUAUUCUUUGCACAGUCUGAACAAAGAUUUUGUUUGAAUGAGUUUUGGUGGCUUUCAAUUUUUUACUCCUGAUAUUCCACCACUGUAUGGCCUUAACAGAUCUGCCUUGACCUCUCCGGACAUGUUCAGACUUUUUUAUAUAUGCAUGCCUUGUCAUUGAGACUGGGCAAUGCAGAAUUGCACUAGCUCAUUGAUGCUGUGAAAUGCAUCGUAAGUAUAUUUUUUCUUUAAAAAAAUCCGAUUUUUCUUGCAUUUGACUAGACUUCAUUUACAUUUUGUAAGUGCUGAAGCAGAAAAAGUGAACUUACUUGUGUGCUUUUCAGACAGUUCAGUCUGCAUUUACCUUGAAUUGCUGCCUCGAUAGCCAGAGCCACAAAUGAAACUUGGCAGAAAACGAGAUUAAAUAUGUAUAUAUUGCAAUAUUUAGAAGACAGACAUAGAAGAGUGCAUUUGAGGCAGAGUUUAAAAGAAUACAUGCAGCUUGGUAGACAACUACUGUUUUAUUUAUUUCCUUUUGUUACAGUUUUUAAAGGAAAUUUCAUAGCCCCUUUUUCGGUAAUUUUUGUUUGUUUUUUAAGGAGUACAUCAGUUGUUUUGUAUUGCAACUAAUUUGAGUUUUCACAAUGCAUACACAUGCUGAAUGGGUAAUUCAUUUUUAAUUAGUGUUUUUAAAAUUUGCUGGAUCAACAAUGUCUGGCCUUACCGAAAUAAAACCUAGUCCAUUGCAGAUAUUAGGCACAUAAGGGUAAAACUGCAUGCUUUAGACUUCACUUGUAAGGACUGAAAGAAUCUUAAGUUACAGACCUAUAUUUUAGCCCAAAUAAUACAAAGGUAAUACCCAAGCUAAGUCUUACAGUAACAUGUAUUUUAUGACCACAGUAAUCUUUUUGAGAAUCAUCUUAAUGACAGAGGCCAAAUAAUGCUGCUCCUGCUUUGUUUAUGUAUGUAUAGUCAGCCAAAUUGCACUUUUUGUUACAGUCUUGGUGUAAUACAUAAUUCUUAGUAAACAUUUGGACUGAACUCA